GAUAACAACAAACAGUAAAGACCUCUUCAAACCUCCAUUUCUCAUUCGUUUAACUUCUCUUCUCGUCUUAUAAACCCAUCUCAUUUCUUUUGUCCAAGUAGUAGGAAAGUGGUAGACUAGAUUUACAAGCACUGAGACAUGGCCAGAAAGAGGAAAACCGGAGAGGUCAGCAAAGAAGAGGAGAAUGGAGAUGGCAGCGCCGGUUGGGAGGAGGUUGUGAAGGAGGCAACAGCGGCAGCUGCAUUUGGUGGAGUGCAGCGCGCAAGGAAGCGCUUCGUGGGGGUGCGGCAAAGGCCAUCCGGUCGAUGGGUGGCAGAGAUCAAGGACACGAUACAGAAGAUAAGGGUGUGGUUGGGCACCUUCGAUACCGCUGAGGAUGCAGCCAGGGCCUAUGACGAGGCCGCCUGCUUGCUCCGUGGUUCCAAUACCCGCACCAACUUCUGGCCGUGUUCGCCAUCAUCUUCUUCUUCUCCAGCUCUUCCCUCCAAGAUCUCCAAUCUUCUCCUCCACAGGCUCAAAGCCAGGAACAACGCUUCUGCUUCUUCUUCUUCAACUCUCCCCAGAGAUCAGCAGCAACAACAACAACAGCUACAACAACAACAACCACGACAAUAUACUAUAGCAUCUGAAGAGGCACAAGAACCCCAAGUCCCUGAAUAUUUAAACUGUUGCAACGAUUCCACCAUCGCUAAUAGUAUUACUGCUUGUACUGGUAUUAGUGAGCUUGUGAAUGCAAUGCAAGAAUCAAGUGAUAUGGAGCAUGAGGGAAGCGGCGUAAAAGAAACUGAUGUGGAGUAUGACUGGGGCGAUGCCGGUCAGAUCUCUGCUGGGAGUAGCAUAUGUGGAGAAGGAGACCAAUUGGAAGAAGAAGAAGAAGAAGAAGAAAGUGUGGAUCUUGGGGUAAUGGAUUUCCGAUUUGUAGAUGUUGUUGGGUCCUCCUCUUACUGCUCCCCAUUUGAGAUUGCAGAAGAGAUUGUUGAGCCAAUAGAGGAGGAGAACAUAGGCGACGAGCCUUCGAUGCUGAGAGCAGCCAUGAAAAGAAUGAAGUACGAGAGGAAGAUCUCGGCAUCUCUCUAUGCUCUCAACGGGAUCUCGGAGUGCUUGAAGUUGAGGCUUGGAUUGGGCACCGGAAAAAGUAGAGUGUCUGAUCCCUCAACCAACAUAAGCAACUCCAACAACGCUGCUAGGAAGGGAGGAGAGGAGUCGAAACAUGAAGAGAAAGAUGCUAACAUGCAAGUCGAGAAGCCACAAAUAUCAACCCAAGUAGGACCUUCUUCUUCUUCUUCUUCCUCAUCCAUUUUGAUGAGUGCGAGUACUGGUUCGAGUGUUGUCACUACUACUACUUCCGGCAGUGAUGGUGAAUCACUGCUGUGGAGCUCUCUUGAUCUUCCUCCCAUCUGCCUUCUACUUAGUUAAGAGAAGCAAUGUUUAAUUGCAUCACUGCAAACUCCAA